CUGUACACAUAAAUCUAGCAGCCUUCUGCCCACUUACAGUUCUACUUCUGGACAGCACUCGAGAGGACAAACCGGCUCAGAGGCGAAGAAGGCUGGUACUACGGCGAUAUGCCCGGCAUGAUGGACUGGUAGCGACUGAUACUGCACAUGCCGUUGCGAGGAGCCCCCCAUGGCCGUCCGGAUGGCAUCUGGCGACAUGCCCUACUGAGUUCGCCGUGGUUCGAUUGUCCCAUCUUUGAUGUUGUGUUAUACAAACCUAUGGGGUGUGACGAUUUGGACAUGACGCCUUUCGACAAGAAAACGACACCAUGCACAUACAGGAACCCGUGUUAUGCGGAGCUGGAGCAGUUGUUUUUGCACUUAUGGUCGACCAAGGCCGUAAAGAUUCCUCUGAGACGGUUCCCGAACAACGACGCGGUUUUACCUCUGACGGCCAAGCAUUAUCGACAAAUGUACGGGGAUAAGGCGAUGGAGUGACCGGCUAUCAACGACGAGACCGAGGAAGUGGGUGUGAAGAAGGAGGAG